UUUCCGGCGGAAGUGACGCAGACUGACAGUUGCCGUCGUUAUUUGAACACAACAGACGCGCUGAAAGUAAACAACAGAUGAAAUCAGCUCUGAAUCAUUAUGAGUGUCUUUAAUUAACACAUGAGAUGACAUGGCGUCGAAAGCAGAGCAGCUGCUGAUUGUAGUUUCCAUUCUUGAAGGCCGCCAGUUUCCCAGAAGUCCUCGGCUCUCUCUGGUCGUUGAGGCUCGUUUCGACGGAGAGACUUUGGCCACAGACGCGGUGGAGCAUCGAGAACAUCCACAGUUCUGCACUGAACUGGCCUGGGAGCUCGACCGGCGGACGCUGCACCAGCACAGGCUCCAGAGGACUCCCAUCAAGCUGCAGUGUUACGCCGUGGACUCCGGCUCGGGUGCCAGAGAGAGCGUGGGAUACAUCGUCCUCGAGCUGAGAUCCGUGCAGGACAUCAAGCAGGCUCCUAAAUGGCAUCCUCUGCUCAGCAGCAAAUACACGAAACUCAAACCCGCCCUCCUGAUCGGGGUGAUCCUAGAGAACGACAUGAAGCCAACCGCGGAGACGUUCAAGGCCAAGAAAGCUCCGCCGAGAGCAGGUUCUCCAGCGCUGGCUCCUCUCGAAGCUGCUAAACUCACUGCGGUUCUGAACGAGGAAGAAGCGUUUCAUCAGAUCGGACCUGACGAUCUCUGCGCUGACAUGUUUGUGCUGUCGGUGACGGUUGCGUUUGCUACUAAACUGGAGCAGUUGAUCUCCAGCUCGACUAAGCUGUCCAUUGAGGGGUCCGAGUUCUUCUUCUAUUACACUCUCCUGGGGAACGACGUCACCAGCGAACCGUUCCAGAACCUCAUCAGUCCAAACUUCGAGCCGGAGCGAGCGUCCGUACGCAUCCGCAGCAGCGACCGAGUCCUCCGACUCUUCCUCAGCCAGCAGCCGUGUCUCCAGAUCCAUCUCUGCUGUGGAAACCAGUCUCUCGGCAGCACUGACGUCAGUCUGGCCGGUUUGAUGAAGAGCGGCGCUGAUCUGACCACACAUGCGGCCACUAUAGAGGGCGCCUUCAUCCUUCAGCCCCCGAACCGGGUGAAGCUGGACCUGAAGCCGGUCCCGCCGGACCUCCAGCCCACGGUGGGCGUCUCGGUGACUCUGAGAGCCGAGGAUAUCACCCAUCAGUUAGACAUUGAAACCGGACCUAAAACUCCAGUGAAGAAAGGCCCCGUUCCAGCCGGCCGUCGUGAACGUCCCUCAGGGGAGCACAGAGUCCCGAUGAGCCCGUCGCCCGACAGGAAGUCACCUGACAGGAAGUCACAUGACCGGCCUCUUCUGUCUCCGGCUGCUUCUCCUGAACACUCGGAGAGCGAGGCCGAGAGCCUGACCAGUGAUGUCAGACAGGCUCCGCCCACAACACCUGACAGACAGGCUCCGCCCACAGCACAUGGCAGACAGGCCCCGCCUACAGAUCAUGACAGACAGGCUCCGCCCACAGCACAUGGCAGACAGGCCCCGCCUACAGAUCAUGACAGACAGGCUCCGCCCACAUCAUAUGGCAGACAGGCUCCGCCCACAGAUCAUGACAGACAGGCCCCGCCCACAACACAUGGCAAGUUUUCAGGCCUCCACUGCAUCAUAGUAACACGUAUCGUUAUCUGUGUAGUGUUUUCAGAUGUUCCUGCUCCUGAUGCCACAGAUUCUUCAGUGUCUGUUUCGGCUCCUAAGAUCUCGAUCCCGGCGUCGGCUCAUCACUUCUGCUUCUCCCUGGACCUGCGCAGCGUUCGGGACCUCAGGACCAGCUUCCCGGUCAACUGCAUCCUCAGAUACGCGUACCAGUUCUUCGGCAGUGCGUCUCCCAUCAUGACGAGUCCGGCGGUGGAGGUGAAGAAGAACACAGAGGUGUUUCUCCCACAGUCCUUCUGUGCCUUUGACUUCGCCGCGCUGCCCAAUCAGCUUCAGGACACUUUCCUCAGGGUUCCUCUGCUGGUGGAGAUGUGGCACCGAGAGCCCAGUUCUCCUGAUGUUCUGCUGGGUUCUGUCAGUAUUCAGCUGUCUCGUCUCCUCAGCUCGGAGAAGACCCGGUUCCUGGACCCGUCGGGCCGGCAGCGCUGGAGACAGAGCUGUACUGAGAGGGUUCCCAUCAUUAAAGCCCACGGAUCUGAGGCGUUGGCUGAACUCUGUUACGUGAGCGUUCUUGAAGAUCUGGGUUUUGUGAACGCUCAAGAAAUCCUCGUCUCUGACUCCUCACAGGGCGCAGCGGCCCCUGCUCCGCCGGAAACCCUCGCGCGGCCCCGAGAGACGCUGGAGUACAAGGCGGCGCUGGAGCUGGAGAUGUGGAAGGAGAUGCAGGAAGACAUGUUUGAUGAUCAGCUGAAGCAGAAGGAGUUGAGUCACAUGCAGGCGCUGGCGGAGGAAUGGAGGAGAAGAGACCAGCAGAGAGAGGCUCUCAUCAAGAAGAAGGAAGUGGAGUACAGUCUUCUGGAGGAGCAGCUUCAGAGAACCCUGUCUGACCUGGAGAAGAGGGAGAAGGCGCUGGCUCACGCGGAGACCGAGACACAGAGACUCCAGCGUGAGAUGCGAUCCGAACACGAGUUCAGCAUGCGAGAGCUUCAGGACAGCAGCCGGCGCCUGCGAGAGGACUGUGACCACCAGGUGGAGCUGGAGAGGUCAAAGGUCAGGCAGCUCGAGGAUCAGCUGACCCGGCAGCGACAGCAGAUGCAAGAGUCUGAGAAUCAACGGCAGCGUCUGGAGAAGGAGUUCCAGCAGUUCCGGGAUCAGCAGAGCGUUCGUCCCGAGGCCCGUCUGCAGUCCGAGAUCAACCUGAUGACCCUCGAGAAGGUGGAACUGGAGAGGAAACUGGAAUCGGCAACUAAAUCUAAACUCCACUAUAAGCAGCAGUGGGGUCGAGCCCUGAAGGAGCUGGCCAGGUUUAAGCAGCGUGAGCAGGAGAACGCCAUGACACGCCUGAAGAAGCAGCAGCAGGAGCUGGAGCACAUGAGGCUUCGGUACCUGGCGUCCGAAGAGAAGGAGGCCGUCACGAGCGACAAGCACGAGCUUCAGGACAUACGCAACCAGCUCAACAGGCUGAAGCAGCAGGAGGAGGCGGCCCGCGUGUGUGUGAGCGAGAGCGCAGACGAGCACGUGACGCGUGUGUGUGUGAGCGUGGACGAGCACGUGACGCGUCUGCUGGAGGAGAGAGACACACUCCUGCGCACCGGCGUUUACACACACGACGACCGCAUCAUCUCCGAGCUCGACCGGCAGAUCCAGCAGGCCAUGAGCGGCAGGAGCACGUGACACGCAUCAUGCUCAUCAAUAAACUAUUCAUCAGGCAAGACUGUUAGAGGACAUGCUGAUUUUGUUCACUUCAUUUUUAGAACAUAUUUCAUGACGUUUUGCACAGAUUCAAUCAAAAUGUGUGUGAUUUCAUUUUCAGCAGGUGGCGCUGUUUCUUAACAAAUCACUCCAGGUUUAUUAACACCUCAGACCUUCAUCAGGGCUUUAUAUGGGACUUUAUUUAUAGUUUGUCUGUGUGUUUUGUACUAGAUGUGUGAAUCUCGGAUGAAAUAAAUAUUUUCUGGU